AUGGCUGGUUCUAAGAGAGAGAGGAUUUUGGUGACUGGCGGGGCUGGAUUCAUAGGGACACACACUGUAGUGCAGCUUUUGAAAGGAGGGUUUAAGGUUUCGAUAAUUGACAACCUUGGAAACGCAGUGGAAGAGGCUGUUCAUAGAGUCAGAAAGUUGGUUGGACCUCAAUUGUCUCAGAAUCUGGAUUUUCAUUUGGGUGAUAUCAGAAAUAAGCAUGAUUUGGAGAAGUUGUUUUCUCAAAAUAAGUUUGAUGCUGUGAUUCAUUUUGCUGGGCUAAAAGCUGUUGGUGAAAGUGUUGCUUAUCCUUUUCGAUAUUUCGACAAUAAUUUGAUUGGAUCAAUCAAUUUAUACACAAUAAUGGAUAAAUAUAACUGUAAGAAGUUGGUUUUCUCGUCCUCUGCAACGGUGUAUGGUCAACCCGAUAAAAUUCCGUGUGUGGAGGAUUUUCAAUUGAAGGCUAUGAAUCCAUACGGUCGAACAAAGCUGGUUCUUGAAGAUGUAGCUCGGGAUAUUCAUAGGGCGGAUCCAGAAUGGAGAAUCAUUUUGCUCAGAUAUUUCAACCCUGUUGGGGCUCAUGAGAGUGGUAUGAUUGGAGAAGAUCCAAAGGGAAUUCCCAAUAAUCUUAUGCCUUAUAUACAGCAAGUAGCUGUUGGCAGAUUACCAGAGUUAAAUGUAUACGGACAUGAUUAUCCCACUCGCGAUGGUAGUGCGAUCCGAGACUACAUCCAUGUUAUGGAUUUAGCAGAUGGUCAUGUCGUUUCACUUCAGAAGCUCCUAGAACGCAAGGAUAUAGGUUGUGUUGCAUACAAUCUCGGGACUGGACGUGGCACAUCUGUCCUUGAAAUGGUAGCUGCUUUCGAAAAGGCCUCUGGCAAGAAAAUCCCAGUUAAACUGUGUCCAAGAAGGCCGGGAGAUGCCACUGAAGUUUAUGCGUCAACAGAGAAAGCCGAGAAAGAGCUCGGUUGGAAGGCAAAAUAUGGUAUAGAUGAAAUGAGCAUGGACCAAUGGAAGUGGGCAAGCCAGAAUCCAUGGGGUUACCAAUCCAUGCCUUGA